GGUUAAACAUCGUAUUUCCGAUAUUCCCGCUGGCCCUUUAAGGCAGCACCAGGCCCAGAGACGCAAGUCGUCCCCGCGUGGAGCUUUCCGGGUCGCACAAACGGCUCCAGGUACACCGGCACCGGCUACAGCGGUCAGCUGGACAGGUGUUCGCCCAGAGAACCUUCCAUCCAUGAGAGUGAGUGUUUAUUUUCUUUAGAACAGAAAAAAAAACCCAAAACAUGAGAGACUUGUGGAGCUAUCGGCUCUGCUGCAGUUCACCGCCAACCGACGACAACUACCACAACAACAACAACAACAGCAACAACGAGAGGACGUUUAGUUUCUCCUCUUGAUUCGCGCCAGGGAGGUCUGCUCGUUCCUUCGGAGGGGCGUCGACGUUUCAUUGUGGGUUUUUUUUUUUUUUUCACACCACUCGCUGGGUUUAUUUUUUAAUCGGAAACCCACCGCGGCACCAACAGCAGCAGCAGCAGCGACGUACCAAGGAGGAGCAUCGUCCCUCUGGUGUUUAUUACAACAGGAGAGGACGCCGGGCAGUUCAGGGACUCGAGACGGAGACGGACAAGAGCAAACAUGUUCGAGACGAAAGGAAUCCCCUUUGUGCUGCUAGACCUGGCCUGUCUUAUCCUAGCUGGACUCCCAUUUGUAAUACUCACUGUGCGACACAGUCCUUUCCGCCGAGGCUUUUUCUGUAACGAUGAUACGAUCAAGUACCCCUAUAAAGAAGACACCAUUUCCUAUCAGUUGUUAGGAGGUGUCAUGAUUCCCGUCACAGUACUCACUAUGAUCAUUGGCGAGUGCCUUUUAGUUUAUCUGAAGCGCAUCAAAUCUAAGUCCUCGUUCGGCAGCUAUGUCGCCUCUGUUUACAAAGCCAUUGGUACCUUCCUCUUCGGUGCUGCCAUGAGCCAGUCUCUGACUGACAUAGCCAAGUAUUCUAUUGGCCGGCUCAGGCCGCACUUCCUGGAUGUGUGCAAACCUGACUGGGGAUCCAUCAACUGUUCGGUGGGAGUUUAUAUCGAAGACUUCACCUGCACUGGAGAUGAGACGAUGUCCAAUGAGGGCAGGCUAUCCUUCUACUCCGGCCACUCCUCUUUCUCCAUGUACUGCAUGCUGUUCCUGGCUCUCUAUCUGCAGGCUCGGCUCCAGGUUGAAUGGGCGAGGCUGCUGAGACCCACAAUCCAGUUUUUCCUGAUCGCUGCCUCAGUGUACACAGGACUUUCAAGGGUGUCAGAUUAUAAACAUCACUGGAGCGAUGUGCUGACCGGGCUCCUGCAGGGCGCCCUCAUGGCCCUCCUGGUGGUCUUCUGCGUGUCCGACUUUUUCAAGCCACGCAUCGCCCCCGGUAAAGAAGCAGAUAUCCCUCACACAAGCCUGCAGGAGACCCCGACGAAUGGAAACCACUUCGAGAGUCCGAACUAAGCUAAUCGAGAGGUGGACAAUGAACUCUGCUCUGUCCAGACGCACACCAGAACUCCCAGCUCUCUAGCCUUUCAUCUCACGCAAAUUCUCAUCCAAAUCCCUGCAUGGAUUUACAGUGAUUCUUACUUCAAGGAAGCUACCGGAGGAAUGUGCAACCCAGAAGAAGCUUUUGGAAGCUAAACCUCAGGCCUGUUCAGAUUUUAAGACUUUAUCAUUUUAGGCGAUUCGCUGUUUUUAGGCCACCGAUUCUCAGUCUGCAAGGAAACCUGACGAAGCCUCGUAGACAUGCUUCAGAGACUGCUGUAGAUUAGAGGCUAGAGACUCUGUAAGAACAGAAAACCAAGAUUUUAUUAAUGUAUGUAUCUACUGAGCUGGUGGGGAGACUUCACUGCACGCUCCCACUAAAGGGUCUGACCACUGCUGGGAGGGAGAGAGAGGGGAGGGUUGGAAACCUGUGAAUGUAACCUUGCUUUGUGCUUUUCCUGACCUGGAGUUGGUCUGCUCAAGGAUCUGAUUCAGGAUCAGCUCUGUCAGCACCCACAGAGAGGGCUGAGUCUUGCAACUUCGCUGCCUUAAGUCCAAUGUUAAUUAAAAGGGCUGUUUGUUAGUGGAAUGUUUGAUUCUCAAGGCUACAAGGUGCUGCACAAUAAGACUGAUCCUGAACCAGAGGGCAGGGUUUCUGAGAAAUUCCUAGAUUCAUCCCUUUAUCCACACCAAAAAUGAAAGGGGUCCAUCCUCAGUCACAGUAUUUUUGUGUAAUCCUGCUCUUUGAUGGAGGUAACCACCAGAGACCAGAAACCCUGCCGGUGGGUUAAACUGCUCCAUACCCUCAGCUGCCGACUCCAGGUCACUGCCACUGCCGUCUCAUCCUCCAGCCGUCUAACCUCUUACAGUCUGAGUGGGCUCGACUUGCAUCAUGUGUGGUUAGACUGUUGAAGAGUAAACGGUCAGUUUCAAGUCCUGUGUUGCCUUUGCUGGACUGCUACUGCUGCUAUCACAGCUCCUGUGUAUCUAAGAACUAAUGUAUACAUCAAGUGAACAGACAACAAUGUACUUUUGUAUAAUCUGUAUGUAAAACAAAUCACCAUACAGACGUUUAUUGAAAAAAAAAAAAAAAGUUAAAUAUGUACAAAUGUCUAAAAGAAGAAGGAAAAAAAGGAAAAACAAAGCCAUCUUACUUAAUAUGAACACAGAAGAAACAUGUAUCAUGUCAUGAGCCGUCACAUAAAAUUAAAGCAUGACUUGUGUUGUUUA